UUCAUCCUGUUAAAAAUCCUCCCAAUGAGUAAAAUAUCAAAAUGAAAUGUGACCCCCACACGGUGGUUGAGAUGUCGUCCACCGCAGCUUUUUACCUUCUCUCUACCCAGGGAGGGUACUUGGUGACCUCAUUCUUCUUGCUCAAAUACCCGACCCUGCUGCACCAGAGAAAGAAGCAGCGAUUCCUCAGUAAACACAUCUUUCACCGAGGAGGUGCUGGAGAAAAUUUGGAGAAUACAAUGGCAGCCUUUCAACAGAAUGCAGUUACAGUUGGAACCGAUAUGCUGGAAUUAGACUGCCAUAUCACAAAAGAUGAACAAGUUGUAGUAUCACAUGAUGAGAAUCUAAAGAGAUCAACUGGGGUCAAUGUAAACAUUUCUGAUCUGAAGUACUGUGAGCUCCCACCUUACCUUGGGAAAUUGGAUGUCACAUUUCAAAGAGCAUGCCAAUGUGAAGGAAAAGAUAACCGAAUUCCCUUACUGAAGGAAGUUUUUGAGGCCUUUCCUAACACUCCCAUUGACAUCGAUAUCAAAGUCAACAACAGUGUGCUGAUUAAGAAGGUUUCAGAAUUGGUGAAGCAGUAUAAACAAGAACACAUAACAGUGUGGGGUAAUGCCAGUUAUGAAAUUGUAGAAAAGUGCUACAAAGAGAAUUCAGAUAUUCCAAUACUCUUCAGUGUACAACGUGUUCUGCUCAUUCUUGGUCUCUUCUUCAUUGGUCUCUUGCUUUUUGUGCCCAUUCGAGAACAGUUUUUUGAAAUUUCAAUGCCUUCUAUCAUACUGAAACUAAAGGAACCAUGCACCAUGUCAAGAAGUCAAAAGUUUCUCAUCUGGCUUUCUGAUAUACUACUAAUGAGGAAAGCUUUAUUUGACCACCUCACUGCCCGAGGCAUUCAGGUGUGUAUUUGGGUAUUAAAUGAAGAACAAGAAUACAAAAGAGCUUUUGAUUUGGGAGCAACUGGGGUGAUGACAGACUAUCCAACAAAGCUUAAGGAUUUUUUGCAAAAUUUCUCAGCGUAGAAAAAGAGGUACUCAGAGACAUUCAAAGAAAACAUGAAAAGACUUAAGAAACAGAUCUUUCACCAUCAUUUCCCUAAGCCAUUUCCAAAAUGGUAAAAGGUUUAAUCAGUUAAAUUUUCUUACCUCAUUUUUAAGCCUGUCUGAGAAUGUAGAAACUAUAUAUUGUAUAUUUAUUUUAAACAAUAUUGCAUAUUUUUCAUUUCAAAAUAGUUUGUUUAGAAAGAUAACUGGUUAUGAGAUGUAAGUAGAAGAUAAUUGAUCAAGAUUUUUGUAUAUGAUGCAGUAUUCUACUAUUAGAAGUAAUUCUGAAAUCAAAGACUAUUUGGUAAAUUGGGCAUUAUCCCUCAAUGGAUAAGAUCAACUAAUUAGUAAACCAAAAAUUUUAAGGCAAUUACAGCUAAUCUGAGUUCUCUCUUUAUUUCUAGGUAUGUCUUAGAAAUACAUACAUACAUAUGUACAUACAUACAUACAUACAUACAUACAGUGGAAGGAGAGUUUGGACAUCAGUGAUGUGAUUGUCCGGCAAGUU